CCCCACCAUUCUGACAAGCCUAGCUCUAGCAGGGAAUCUAUUGAAGAUGAUCCAUUCAUUGCUGCGUCCACUUAUUCCAAGAAUUCAGUCGAUAGAAGGGACAGGAAGAGAGGUUCCAGUGUCAACUAUGGAUACCAACCAGACGGUAGAGAACUUAGGCUUAAGCCAACAUUCUUGAUCCAUAUGAUGCCUUAUAAGGCUAACAGUACAGAGUUUUCUUGAUAACGUUGAAUGUGGCUGUAAUUAAUGUAAAGUGUUUUCAUAGGAACAUAACUCAAAUCGCAGCCAUAGUUUAUUCCAGUUCCUGAAGCGUGAAGUUAGCCGGUUAGUUGGGUGCUUUCUGUGGAUGGGAUGUUAGCUCGUUGAAGUUAUCCCCUUUACCCAAUAUUUCGUCUGGUUUCUCUGACUAUUCACCGGUUAUCCUGUGUUGUUAUGUAGACAACUGCCUGGAGAGGGGUACCGCGUAAAGUACGUGUCUUACCUUAAAAUACAACACAUUGACACAGACCAUACUUUGAACCCCAACCUGUUGAUUCUCUAGGGUUUUUUUUAAGCGUUACUAACGUGCCUAAUGUAAACGGAAAAAUUGGUUUGCCUGAUCAACCACUCGCGUAAACAGACGGCUCUUGUUGCAGCCAUCUCGACACUAUAUUUCUUUUCUUUCCUUCCCACGAGGUUGUCAAUUUAGAAAAUAGGUUAAAAUUCUUUAUGUACAAAUAAUGCAUCAUCGUGCAAAUACUCUUUUACAGUCGAAUCUGGUUGUUGCUAAAUAUCAAAUUCGCAAGCAGUUAUAAAUUUCUCUGUUUUCUUUCUCUCCCCCCCCUCCCCACCACCUUUUUGUCUAUCUUAGAUUCAGAUCAACCACAAGGUGAAAUGCUGCUAAAAUCAGGCUCCCGU